AUGCCGACGGAGCCCCCUGUACCGCUGGCUCCGCCGCCCUCGACAACAGUCGCUGAAACGACUCUUCCCCACGCACCCGCGGAUCCCCUUGCCGUGUCGGGUGCUGGCCCGUCUGCUCCUGUUGAGGCUCCGCCCGCUCCGCCUGCUGCACCCGUGUCCCUGGCUCCUGUGGCGGCGCCGGUGGCGUCGGUGCCUGCUGGGGAAGCCGCUGCUCGCUCUGUUCCUGCCCUUGGCGAACUCGUUGCACCGGCCGCUUCUGUCCCCGACGCGCCUGCGCCGGCGUCUGCUUCUUCCCCGAAGGCGGCGUCCGCCACCACUGUCGACCCGGCUCCGAUGGUUGCGCCUCCUGGCGCGGGCCCGGCGGCUCCCGCUCAGCUGCCGGCGGCCCCUGUGGUCCAGCCGUCUCGUCCCCCGUCGCCGGACCGCCGUCUAUCCCGCCCUCAUUCUCCCGCGCCCCAACAGGAGCGCGAGACGUCGCGGCGCCGGCGCAACUCUCCCCGGCGCCACCAGUAUCGUCCGCCUGUGACAAUGGCGGAUCUCCAGCGGGAGGAGUCGCGGGCUGUGCGCGAGGAGAGGGCGGCGCAGAGUCAGAGCAGUUCGCUGCGGGCCGGCUCUCGUCUGCAUUUGCCACCGGUUCCGCCUGUUGCGGGGGUGGAGUUUGUUGCCGCGGGUGGUGGCGCUGCGGCUCAGCAAUCCCACCACAUUGCUGAUGAAGGGCCGCUGCUGUUUCUGACAGAGGCGCUGCAGCCCCCGCAGACGCGUGUUCCAGAGGCAACACUUGGCCAGCUCCACCGUCUCGCGGAGAGCCUCCACGCGUUGCUGCUGAUUCAAGUUCUCGCUCAUUCGUCGCUCCCCGUGAUUCCUCCGGCGACUUUCCGCGGCCGCCAGCGUGACACGUGCUUGGACGCGGCGGACCAGCUCGCUUCGUUGCUGGCGCCCGUGUUGGCUGCGCCCGCGGAGGGUGGCGCUGCUGCUGCGGGACAGCUUGACGAGGCUGUCCGGGGCCUGAGGCGGCACUUGCGCGCAGGAUCUGGAGCUGCGGCGAUCGGCGCAAGCACGCUUGUGGUCCGGGAGCUGUGGCGCUCCCUGACGGGCGUUCUUCACGCUCUUGGAGCUCACCGCAUGUAG